AUGGUACGUCUCCCUGACUGCUCCGUGCAGGUAAUCCGCCAGCUCCUGCAAGAAAAGGCACCCAAAGUGCCGAGCCUGAUCCACCAAAUGAUCAUCGGCAGCUGUGUUGUGGCGCCUCUUUCUACUGUUUGGUUCUCCUUCCUGGAGGCACGCUUCACAUCCUGGCCUCCGGGUAACCUCGGGACGGUGCUGGCGAAGACAGCGUGUGGGCAGACCUUCUUCGCGCCGACCAUCAACACCUGCUUCAUGGGCUCUCAGGGACUGCUCGAGGGACGAAGGCCCGGAGACGUUUUUCGUGGCAUCUGCGAGAAGUUCUGGACCGUACAGAGAAAGAACAUGGCUGUGUGGAUCCCGGCGAACCUCUUUGCCUACAAGUUCGUGCCGCCCCGAUUCCGCCGCCCGGCUUUGAUCGGUGAUGCCAUGGGGUCGGGAAUUUGA